AUGAACCACCAUCUGCCCGCUAUGCCCCAUGGGCAGCCACCCAUGCCGCCCACCCCUCGUCGACAACAAGAUAUUCCCUACACCGCAGGCCCUCCGAACAUGCGAUCUCCGCCUGCGUACAUGGGCUUUCAUCCCCAUAUGAACGGCCAUCCUCCCCCGGCCGCAUACACGCCCCAACAAUAUUCCCACUGGUACCCCUAUCCUCCCAUGCAGAUGCCUCCCCGCCCAUACCAGCAUCCAUAUGGCCCGAUGUAUGUCGCGACCUACCCGCCCUCCCAGCCGAUCAUGGCGCCAGCGCACAUCCAUCCUCCGACGCUUCCUAUGCAGCCCAGAACUUCAACUCCCCUGCAACCUACCAUGUCUCCCGUUGGCAUGGCGUCUGUGCCUUUAGCAAACCAGGCGCAAUCACCCGCAGUUAUUCCGGCCCAAGCACUGGCAAGUCCUGUUGUGCCUUCACCACCGCCUCCAGUCCCUGUUCAGGCCGAACCUGCCCCCAGAGAGCCAUUUUGCCCACCGCUUCCAUGGCUGUCCGAUCCUGAAUCGCCUUUUCCUGCCAGAGCUCCUCGCAGGCGUCGCAAAGGCCGUGCAUUCCAAUCUUCAUCGGCCUCAGUUGAACUCCCAGUGAAGGACGCUCAGCGGCUUGAACACAAUGCGAGACAAGGCGCAGAGAAUGCGGAAAGUGUGCCAACACCCUCAGAGCCCCAGACGCCGACCUUAUCUGUUGCCCCAUCGGUUGCGAAUUCCACUCAACCCACCACUCCAUCCUCGGUGACUCAGACCCUCUCUGGUCGCCCCCAGUCUCAGACGAAAGGCCCCAAGUCCACUGCUCCGGUCGUUCCGGUCGUUCCUGUUGUUCCUGCUCCUGGAACUCCUCGCCAGGCUCUUAAAGACGAGGCCGCUCGCUCUUCAGAGACGCCGAAGAGUACUAGUAUCAGCGGCACUAGUGAAGUGACCGAGGAGCAGGAGCCUGUCAAGAAAAUCCAGCCCGCUCCUGCAGCACCUAAAUCCUGGGCAGACUUGGUUAAAUCCAAGUCCUUGGCUAAAGCAGCCGGUACCUCUGGAUCUUCUGCUGCUGCGACCAACGGUGUUGUUAAGCCUAAAAGUAAGAUGAUCGCUGAUGUUUUGAUGAGCUUGGGAGAAGAUGUUUCUCAGUACAGCGACAAAAUUGGAUUCCUGGAGCCCAGAGGCCUUGUCAAUACUGGCAAUAUGUGCUACAUGAACUCGGUCCUGCAAAUUCUGGUCUUCUGUGUCCCCUUCUACCAAUUUCUGGAACACAUUGGGCGGAGAGCAUCACACAGCUUCACUAGUGACUACCCCAUGAUCGAUGCAUUGAUCAUGUUUAUGAGGGAGUUUCGCGUCAUUGAUGCUGCUGACACAGAGGAGCAGUUGCGGCUUAGGCUGAAGGCCAAUGAGCUCGAGCAGUAUGGUGACGCUUUCAUCCCGGAGUUUGUUUACCAUGUGAUCCGGCAGCUGCCGCGAUUCCGUGACAUGAGACGUGGCCACCAGCAAGAUGCACAGGAAUUCUUAGGUUUCCUUCUGGAGGAGAUGCACGAGGAGUGCAGCCGUGCUGCGAAGGAAUUACCAUCUACCACCACGACUUCGAACACCGAUGCGGGCAAUGCAACCGAAGAAUCUGAUGGUUGGUUGGAAGUCGGCCACAAGCAAAAGGCAGCAGUCACACGCUCGUCUGGCGACAUUUCCCAGGAAUCCCCGGUCACGAGAAUCUUUGGAGGAAAGAUCCGAUCCGAGUUCAAGGUUCCCGGUAACAAGACUUCUGUUACUUUGGAGCCCUACCAGCCGCUGCAGCUUGACAUCGGGUCCCCCGAGAUCAACAACAUCAUUGACGCUCUCAAGGGCUUGACGAAGCCGGAGAGCAUCCAGGGAGAUUUCAAUUCUGCACGUGGCCCCAACGUCACUGCCACCAAGCAGGUUUUCAUCGAAACCCUGCCCCCAGUCCUUAUUCUCCAUCUCAAGCGAUUCCAGUACGACAGCGUCACCAACGGUACCCAGAAGAUCUGGAAGCGGAUUGGAUACCCCCUUGAUCUGGAGAUCCCACGCGAGGUGUUUCCACCUAACAAGCGCAACGUCAUGAUGGCACAGGGCGGACUGCCCAAGUACCGACUUGUUGGUGUCAUUUAUCACCACGGCAAGAAUGCCAGUGGCGGCCAUUACACUGUUGAUGUCCGCCGGCAAGAUGGCCGUGAGUGGAUUCGGUUGGAUGAUACUGUGAUCCGUCGCGUGCGCAGCGAGGAUGUUGCAGAAGCCGGUGGCGAGGAGGAUCCUAAGGUUCUGGCUGCCGCGAUGGAACAGCAUAAGCGGGACAGCUCCAAUGCUAAUAUUUUCGACCACAUCGACCAGGAUGACCAAUCUGACAAUGAGAGAGGAUGGAGCCAGGUCAAUGGCACGCCAGGCAAGAAGUCCGGCACCAACGGAGCAUCGGCGCCACCUAGCACCACCCGGUCAUCUGCCGGACGUUAUAAUGCUCGUGACAACAAGGUGGCAUACCUGCUAUUCUACCAACGUAUUGCUUAG